AUGCAACGGUCUAUGAUGAACACGAAGAAAUUGGUCCCAGCAAUUGAAGUCCCAUUUCCACCACAAAUUGAUGUCCACGAGUUGGUAUGCCGAACGCUUCAAAAGAGCACGAAAGCAGGAAAUAGAGGAAAGCCUCCGAAUGCGUUCUUUAUUUACCGCGGAGCGUUUGCUGAUCAGCUCAAGGCAACGAAUUGCAAUUCUUUCACGCAAGCCAGACUCUCUCAAAUGGCAUCAGAGUCGUGGAAACGAGAAACAAAGAAAGUAAAGGAAUGGUACAGACUUCGUGCAGUCGAGGCCGAAUGUUUGUUUAGAAAAAUGUGUCCACCACAAUUUUCUAUAUCCAUCAUCGAACCCAAAAGGUCAGAGACCGUUAAGAAGCCUAUGUUUAAUGAUUUUACGUUCAUUGCGGAUUCAGCAACUAAAACUCAAUCUACCAAUUCAACCCCCAUUAAUAACACAUCAUCCGUAAAUCCAGGACAUUACCCUGCUCCAUCGUCAUUCGACUUUGUAAACGUGGAAACACCGAAAUCCAGCGAUUAUGUACACUUCAACAACACUCUUCCCAUACAGUUUACUCCGACCCCACAACCAGCGCAAGAGUACAUUUUAUAUGCAAACGUCAACGCAUGCAGUACUUUAUCUGAGGUAGCGAGCGAUGAUAGCAAUGAGCAGUAUACGGACAAUGUGUGCGAGGGAGGAAUGUCUUUUACUGGAUUUUCUUACGAGGAAUACGCAAACGAAUUAUCCGAGUGUUGGAUUGGUACGCAUGUUGAAAAUACGCAACAGUAUUAUGGCAUUACUGGGAUGGGUUUGCCGUAUGUUGACCAGAUUAGUUUUUGUGAAGACGAACUGUUGAGCAGUAUCUAA